AGCGGAGAUAAUGACAUUGUGCACUAUGGGUAUAGAAGGAAAUGACUCACACAGCGCCACAUUGACACAUUCCUUUGAACUUAGGUAUUAGCGGUACAGGGAAUCAGCCUUAUCUCUUGUGUACAUAUUUUGUUGUUUUUAACCCCCAUAGAAAUAUGAAUUUAUCACAGUGCAGGCUUUGUUGUGAGGAAAAGUAGGAAUAUUUUUGUGUUACAGAGCACCUGCUUGGUUAACAUUGUGUGCGAGCCCUGCCAGUGAAUUCUCUGUUUAUAGGGAUCACACCAGUUCUUACUAAUCUGUGUAAUGCUGUUCUGCCCUUGUGCACGGGAAGGUUGCAGAUUUAUUGAUUUGCAAUCAGUGUAGUCUUUCUCAGGUCAACUCCGAUGAACCAAGCCAUUUCUCUGUAUUGACAAACAAGGAUUUUAAAUGGCAGCAUGUGAAUGACAUUCUUGUGUGUGGUAAAAUUAACAAACCCUGUGUUAAUUAUAGAGUGAAUUUUUUUUGCAGACAUAGCAGGAUUAGGUGCGAGUCUUACGUACACACUUGAAUGACCUUUUUGCCUGAGGAAAUGUUUAUGUCAGUGUGUACUAUUUCAUCCUUAGCAAUCAGGAGUUAUGUGUAGUAUCUCUGGCUGGGAAAAUCCUGUAUGUACUCCCCUUACUUGCAGUUUGCCUUCAUGUCUUGUAUGAGGUGAUUCAGAUGUGUUCUAACAUGGAAAUAUGGAUAUUAUGUGUGUUGGUUGUGGGCUGGGAGACAACAUGGUGCUUUCCUACACCUGCUAGUAAAGCCAAGGAGGAGGAAUUUCUCAAGCCGGCUCCACAUCCUGUUAUAGAAACCAUUGAGGCUGGUAAAAAUAAUACUCUUCACCUUAUUCAGGAAGUCGCCCAUUCAAAUCAGAACACUCAGCCAGCUAGCCCCACUAAUGAUUUAGGUCGAAAAGUAAUUGGAUACACAAAUAAUUUUCAAUAUAGUAACAAAAAAUUUUUGAGGGAUUAUGAGACAGAGAGUGAAAGAGAGAAGUCUAAGGUGAUUUUUGAGUAUCGUACAGUGAAAUCGAGCCGCCCUGAAUCCCUCUCUCUAUCCCGGAGAGAAGCACUUCAACAAGCGGAUGUUGACGCUAGCGGAGGUUCGUGGUCGACAAUGGUGUUGACAAUUGCGAGCACCCUUGUGGCUCUGUUCAGCAUGUCUGUCCUUGUAGCAGUCUUCCAAUGCUGUUGUCGCAGGAGAAAGCGCAGUGCGUCCCCAGAAACUGAGGAAAAAGAGGAGAAAACAGCCGAAGACAAAAACCAGAACAACGAAAAAGUCAACAAAGAGGAAGUAUCGAAACCAACCAGCAAACAAAACGACAAAAAACAAGGUGAAGAUUCACAGGAGAAGACAGAUGACAAUAAGCUAUCAUUUAAAGACAAAUUAAAAGCCUUUGAGAAGAAGGAUGACAGCAAAGAGUCCCCCCUCCGACCAGGCCCCACCCCCAAAAAACGACCCCAGAGCGAGGCUUUUAAGGCCUUCGAGGGCAAAGGGCUCAUUAUGGGAAUGCCUAUGGGCCAAGGUCCACGAUUUCCUAAACCAAAGGAGACGCAGAAUGAGGAAAAGGAAGAAGCCGACGUUAUAAUGCGACCAAAAAUAACCAUCACCCCUUCCCCCGAUGCAGACUCAGAUACUGGAAGUUACAAACAGCCAGAUAACCCUGAUGUAGUGAUAGCUGAUGAGGAUGAUGACGACUCAGAAUUUGGGGCCAUCAAAAGGGAAACAGCUGUUCUAAGAUCAUAUCGGAAAGCCCCUCCACCCAAGAACAGAAACCGUUCUUCCGCAGCAUUCAGGCGUAAAAAUGCUCAGCAAUCUAUGGCACAAUUACUUGAUGAAGGCUUGGAUGUUAUAGGUGAAGAUAAAGAAGAAGAACCAUUGCUAUCAACAGAGGACAACAGUCUCAUACAAAAUGGAGGAACUAAAAAUAAAGACAGAACCAAGCUGUCUCCAGAACCUAACGAAUCAAACCCUCCCAAGGCCAAAGAAAGGUCGCGCUCAAAGACGCCUGAAAAAUCUGACUCAGAAAAAAGUGCUUCAAAAACUGUCUCAGAAAAAUCAGGUUUGAAAACUCCCGACAAAUCUGAUUCAAAACCUUUUGAUAAAAGUGGCUCAAAAACCCCUGAAAAAGCUGGGUCAAAAACACCAAACAAAGAGCGCUCAAAGACACCAGAUAAGUCUGGCUCAAAAACUCCUGAAGAAAAACCUGCCAAAGUAAAUAGUGAUAAACAGACUGUAGAUAAAACAGUGACUUCUGAUUCACCAGCCAGCUCUGGCAUUCCCGCAGGAGGAAAUAUAUUUGCACAAAUUGAUCCAACUGUCAAAAAGACGUCUCCUGCCGCAGUUACUGCACCAACGAGUCUAGAAACAAGGAGUCGUGCCGACAAAGUGAAAUCCUCUCCUUUAUUUUUAGAAGAUGACAAACUAAUGAAAGCCUUGAAUGAAAGAUUAAAGGCACAGCAAGAGGAAAAUGCUGACAAAGACAAACGUCGUCGGUCACUAAAUACAGAUCUGUGAUAGGCCUGAGUUAUCUACCCCUGGAUUGUAUCAAUCACCAUAUCAGCACCAUACAUUGAUUCACUGUAUACAUGUACCUCUUAAUGUUAUCAGGUUAAAUGUGUAAUAUUCUUUAUUGUCAUUCUAAAUCAAGAAGAGUCUUCCACUUUUCAACUUCAAAACAGAUUUUUUUUUUAAUGUGAUUUGUGCAUUGUAACUCUUCAGUGUAAAAAGUAUAAACAUAUUUUGUUUAUUAAAAUGCUUCCGGAGCUAAGAGAAUGAGUGUAAUGUGUUGAAAACUGCUGUCACAAUCAUUGUCAAAAGAGAAAUUGUGUUAUCUAGUUGUUUGAAUUGUGAUAUGACUGUAGCUGAGUUCCUUUGAUUGUUGAGAAAAAGAAAUGUUGAACAAUAUGUCUGCUGUCAGUACAGAUGAAAUUCUGCUUUAUUGUACGAGAUGAUUGCUAGUUCAAAUGGUGUAAAUGUCAAUGGCUCAAAUAAAUUGUGCAAUAGAUAAUUUUCACAGAUUAUGCAACUACCACACAUCACUUUUUAUUAACAAUGCUUUGCUUUUUUUUUCAAACUAUGAGUUUUGCUUACAGUUCCAAAGAAAAUAGAUGUUGCUAAUAUUUUAUUAUAAUAAAUUGUGCUAAAACAUU